AUGUCCCAGCUAAGCAGUCCGAAUACGGUGAAGAGUGUGAUUGUCACGAAGAUAUCCGCUGUUCUGGUCUCAUUGUAUACCAGAGACGAGAUCGUCGAUAAGUCAUCUGAGCACUUCCACAAGAGCAUCGCCGAGGAACCUUAUAAUCAAACUGACAUUGACCCAUCGAAACUUGGACCAAGCCCGAAGCUAGAUGACUGUGAAGCGGAAUUGCGCCGCAGUCCCAAAUGCGAGAUUCCCCAAGACGAGCAAACCGUCAUAGACCUCGGACUUCAACCGUCUAUGAAAAUGCCUGAUAGUCCGAGCGGUAUACCGGUCAACAAGCGUGUGGCAAGGUGUCUCUCCAAUACGGUAGAUUGGGAUGAGGAUUUGAGGCCCAGCAACGAGCCAGCCGAAGUGACGGCAUACCGGGGAAGCACAGAAGCCACUUCGGUCCCAUCACCCUUACCUGGGGAUACCUAUACCUUCAAUGACAGCCACAAACCUCGCAGAGCCACGAGUGCGUCCAAAGGGAAGGCGAAGCGGAAGAAGCUGUCGACAGGAAGACUUUCUACAACAGCCCAGCGGACUGUGUCGAAGAAGACCAACCCGAAAAAACGCGGAGCUCCUGUGUCAGAUGAAGCGGGAAAGGGCGAGAAGCUUGGAAACCGGCGAAAGAGGCUGGUUGUGACCCUGCGACAUGUUGGUAGCUCCCGUAGUGCCGGCACCCAAUCUUCUCGAGCUCUUCUGGGUGAUAAAGCGUCUGUUGAUGCUGUGUUAAGCUCUGCGGCUACGGACAAGAACCUCGAAACUCUUUUGUCCGACAAGGAGAACAUGGACUCAAUCCUGUCUAUCGUUCAAAUUCCGGGAAUUGACGGCAGUGACAGGGUAGAGCUCCAUCGCUCUGGCCUCCAGGCUAGAGACGACCGGCCGGAAAUAUCCGGACCUAUCCUAAAAACUGCCGUGCAUAAAAUGCUGUUGGAGACUAGCGAGUCCCUCAACCGCCACAUCGAGAGCGAGAACACCACUAUAAGCGAGGUGUUUGAGUCAUUCCGGAAGAACUGCCAUGACAUGCUUGACCAGCUAUCAGAAGCCCAGGAGGCACGGAUUAGAUUAUGCCAGCAACAGAUGGAAGGCAUUCGCAAACAUCAUUCCAAGAUCUGCGAGGAACUGGUUCACCGGAUGGAAAGAGAUGAGCAGCGAUUCCAGAAGCUCCUCGACAUCACUUAACCUUCUAGAUAU